AUGUUCAUUAGAAGAAACGCAAAUAGUGCCUGUCCUGGAGUAAACGCUUUUGUUGGGAAACGGGGUAUACUUUGUUUUCGGGAAUAUGGUUCCUCAUGUAUUGACCUUGCUAUAUAUCGAGGUUUUGAUGGUCCAGUUGCCGGUCAUGGUGAGUGGUUCCUUUCAGUAUUUGGGUGUCCAGAAAAUAGUUUCAACGAGGGUGGUUUAAAGACAUCUGCUCAUGGUUAUGGAGAAGGUCAAUGGAAUUUUUUCCAUGCAAAUGCUCCCCCAGUUAAUGUUCUCCAAAAUAUAAUAAAUCAAGAUCCAUCCCCCGGUCUUUUUUUUAGAUUUCCAAACUAUCCAUCUGCUCCAAGUAUUAUAAGAAUAAUUGUUGAAUGUGAAACUUAA